ACUACGUGAUGACGCACACGCGCACAGGGCCGCGCGCGCGGGGACACAGUGGAAUCCGUGAGCGGUAACAUCGAGAGUCGCUCCAUUUCUCGGCGCCGCGGAGCGGGAAAUGGAUACAUUGAGUCGCGUCGUCCGCGCUCUCCCGUUCCCCGUCACCGGCACCGCCACCGCCACCGGCAUCGGCUGUGUGUGUGCCGCCGGGGCUCUCCUCUACAGGGCGGCCACCAGGAAGAAGCCAACUCACGUGGAGGUGAACUGCUGGUUCUGCAGCCAGGACACGACCGUCCCCUACGGCAACAGGAACUGCUGGGACUGUCCCAACUGCGAGCAGUACAAUGGCUUUCAGGAGAACGGUGACUACAAUAAGCCGAUACCUGCUCAGUACAUGGAGCAUCUGAAUCACAUGGUCACCAGUUGGACAAGUCCCACGGAGGCGAGCAAGGUCCAACAGUGGCCGAACGGACAGCUUCUCUUCUGCAAGAAGUGCAACAGCAACCAAACCCUGAAGGUCAAACAAUUGGCUUCCUUCGUACCAAGAGAUGAGGACAGGUACGAGGACGAGAUUGAGAUGUACAAACACCACCUGGAGCAGACGUACAAGCUGUGCCGUCCCUGUCAGACGGCUGUGGAGUAUUACAUCAAACACCAGGACAGGCAGAUCCGAGCCAUUCUCUUCGAUCACCAGCUCCGGCAUCGAGAAGCAGACAAAACUUUUGUGCAGAGCUCCCACUACUCCGGCCUGUCCACUCCGAUCCGCGUGGUAUUCCUACGGUUCCUGGCCUUCGUGAGCUGCGCCAUGCUGUUGGCCCUGGCGCUGUGGGAGGGUCCGUUCGACCCACGCCCGCCCUCGGCCGAGACGAGAGCAGCAGCAGCCGUCGCCGCCGGGCCGAGCCCAGCUCCGCAACCGACCAACGGCGGCAACCGGACCGACCCGGGCCCCGACCUCGCUCGCAACGUCAGCCUCUGGCAAGAGCUGCUGAGCGCGCUGCCGGAGGACACUCUGGCCGGCCUGCGAGCCGCCUGGAGCUACGGCGAGGACCACCAGAUGGCAAUCGUCUCCACUGGCCUCUUCACCUGCCUGUUGGCCAUCAUCCUGGCCGGGCGUAUAAGACUGCGGAGGAUCGACUCGGUUUCGUCCCUCCUGUGGCUGUCGGUGAUGGGUCUGCACCUGGCCGAGAGGUACCUGCAGAGCGGCCCGCCCGCCUGGCUGGACGCAGCGAAGCUCAGCGCCACGGCCCUGUGUUGCCUGGCGGGAUUCGCGGCGUCGGUGGCGACACGGAAAUCCACGGGCCAGAGGAGAUGCCGGGCACGAAGGUACUUGUCGGGCGAAUCCGUGAACGCCUUCUACAGCAGCGGAACCCUGACGUCCUGCGCUCCAGCGACUGCCCCCUCGUCCCUCCCGAUCCCACCCAGCAUCGCCCAGCUAGCCAGGCAGCAGCUGUGCAGGACCACCAGACGCAACUCGCCCUCCUCCCUGCCUGGCCGUCUCAGCCGAGCCCUGUCGCUGGGAACCGUCCCGUCUCUCACCAGAGCAGAUUCUGGCUACUUGUUCAGCGGGAGCCGUCCGCCCUCCCACACGCUCGUGUGCAAGGAUUCCCCUCCGUCAGAUUAUUUCUCCUUGAAGUCGGAAAGCCGUCCGUCCUCUCCCUCCCUCUCUCCGGCGGCCUCGGUGGCGGGCUCGGUCACGUCUAGCGCCGGCUCCUGGCACCACAGGCGCCCGCUCAUCAGCCCGGCCCGUCUCAACCUCACCGGACAGAGGCUGAAGCUCUUCAUCGAGCACGGGACGUUGAGGGGGAGCUCGAACGCUCGUAAACCGCAGCCCAUUCCCGGUGUUCCGGAUCUCCUCUCCAGCAACGGGCAUUCCCAGGACCUAACCCCUGCGUCCACCCACAGUCACGACGUACGUUCGGUCGAGGGAGGCAGUCUACGCAGCGAGGUGACAGGCAAGAUGAAAGACAGCUCAUCUGGUUCCUCGGCUUGCGUGGUGGACACCACCACGAACCUGACCAGUCAUCAGCGGAAUGGCCACGCAGGACGAGGGUGGAGAGGUCUCUUUGGAGACAUCCUGUGCAAGAGUCUUCUGGGGUUGAGCCUGGCCGCCAAUGUUCUCUUCGUUACGGUCUUCCUGUACCAUGGUCUGCCUCCAUCGCUUCAAGGCAUCUUCUGAAGGGGACUCCCUGAUGCUUUGAGGGGGCACAGCCCACGGCGGUUUCCGAGUUGACAAGCUUCACGACGCCAAACGGAACUCAGUCCUUGCCGCUGCCCGGGAGCCGUGGUGCAGCCGUUGAUAACCGCGGCCCCAAGAUGGAUUCACGGAGGAGGGU